AUUAGUGUUUGAUAAUUUGACAGAGAUACAACACUGUUUUUCUGGUUUGUACGUUAAUUUUCUUGAGCAUCAAUGUGAACGGAAUUACCACGAAUCUGGACCCAGUUGCUCCUCAAUCCUCUUAUUCAGAGCCAGAAAACUGAAGAACAAAAGAUGAUAAAAGAAUCAAGGGUGUUUGCCUAAAGUGGGGUUUGAUGGGGUCAGCACUGAAAACUAGGGAAAAGAGUGAACAGUGUGUGUUUUCUUUGUGCCUUUGGUUUUUUUCUUGAGCUCAGUUACAGUACAAAAAUUAACUGAUUUAGCAGAGUUCGCACGUGUAAAAGUCCAUGCUUUUGGCGUUCUCUGAACGUUUUAUAUGGGAUAAUUUCAGUAAGAAACAGGUGUUAGCAGCUUUUUGCAGUUGGGCAUUUUUGCUGCUCUGGGUUCUAUGUUGGAAAAGCAAAAGUGUUGGUUAAAGCUGAAUGAAUUCCCAAAUGGGGUUUUUGUUUUAGCUGAAAUUCUUCUCCAAAUGGGUGGUCUCUUGUGUUGAUUGAAGUGUUGUUGGCCCCAAUUCUUAGGUGGCUGAUCUUAUAAUUGAGGGAUGGAUGAAAAGGGUGUCUCAGGUUCCUUCAUUUUUAUAUCUGAGGAGAACAUUGAUAGCUUGUAUCCGAUGCUUUUUGGCGUUUCUUGUGCAUUUUUUGCUCUUCGGCUCUUGCCGGAGCCUGAAAUGUGUGACGGCAAAUGGUCCGAAAUAAGAAAUAGGAUGCUUAAGGGAAGUGCCCAUCUGUUGGGAUUGCUCCUUUGGAGGGUUCAAAGGGAGGAGGCUAAAAGUGGGCAGCUUCUUCAAAAGCUGGAGAAUGCCCAGAAACAGAUACAAGAAUUGAAGAAAAGAAGAAGCGAAGAGGCAAAAGCAAAUGAGAAAGUUGUUAGCAUAGUUGCUGCCCGAGAGCAGAGCUGGUUUGACGAGAGAAGGAAACUCAGGCAGCAAAUUGCUGCUCUUAUGAAUGAGUUGAGAGUUGUUGAGAUGAAAAAGGAGAAAUCUAUUUCUGAAUUGAAUGAGAAAUUGAAGGAGAAUGAAGCUAUUUUGCAGUUAAAGGAUAAGUCCUUCGAGGAAGGAGAGCAGAAGAGAAGGGAGAUAGAAGAAAAAGUUAAGGCGGCAGAAAAUCUUGUGGAUGAGUUGAGAGAAAACGUAAAACGUGAAGCUCAACGCCAUUCUAGUGAACUAUCGAGACAUAAGACGGCAAUUAUUGAGCUUGUAUCAAAUCAGAGGCAGCUUGAAGCAGAGUUGGGUCGGGCCGUUAGGCAAGUUGAAGCAGCAAAGCAAGAACUUGAUUCGGUACUGGAGCAGAAAGAGCAGUCUAUCGUGAUGACCCAAAGAUUAUCUAUUGAGCUUCUGAAAAUGCGCAAGGAUUUGGAACAGAAAGAUCAGAUUUUGUCAGCCAUGCUGAGGAAGUCCAAAUUAGAUACAGCAGAGAAACAAAUGCUGUUAAAGGAAGUGAAAUCGUCAAAGGCCAAGAAUAAGCAAGCCGAGUUAGAAACAGCAAGAUGGAAGGCGGUUUCUGAGCCUAAACAUGAAAGACAGUCAUUGAGAAAUAUGUUUGCUAAGCAUGUAGACGUGAAGUCAGAUGUUAGGAAAGGGGUAGAAGUUUUUUCCCUUGUAUCUGAUCCAUAUUUGACCGAGGGAACUGACAAAACACAGUCAGUAGCUGAUGUUGACCACUUGGAGAAUUGGGAGGACUCAGAGUCACACAAGAUUGCAAUGGAGGAAAGACAUAACCUUGAAAUAGAUGCUUUUGCAGAGCAACUGAGCAUCAAAGACGAAAAGUUAGAAGCUUUCCGCUGGCGUUUGUUGAGCACAGAAAUAGAAUCAAAGAGGUUGCAGUCACAUAUUGAAGGGCUUGAUCAAGAAAUUACACAGCUCAGGCAGGAAAAUAUGAAGUUGGAGGCCCUUUUGCUGGACCGCAAUGCUGAAUUACAUUCACUAAAAGAGCAGUUGGUUUUGCAGUUCAAUCCUCCAAAUCUCCAAAAAUUGAACUUCAAUUCAAUAAACCACGAUACAGUGUGGUCGAAAGUAAAGGUCAUUAAAAGAAAACCAGGGCAGAAAAGGCAAGAACUGAAGGCAAUAGCUGAGGGAAUUUCUCAAGCAGUGGAGGACAAAAAGGUGGAUGACAUGCCAGCUAAUGAACAGGUCAAGGAUAUAGUUUUGACACUUCAAAAUCCACAUAAGGAGUUGCAAGAGGGUAAGGUUGCUGCAAUGGAGCCAGAUCAUUUGCGGCGAGAAAGUAUCGACUCAGAUGACAUUGCAAAUGCUGAAACAUCUACAUCAUUAGGCCAAGGACCAAGUAGGAAAACAACUUCAACCUGGAAGAUGGAUAUUCAUGCACUUGGAGUUUCCUACAAGAUCAAGAGACUCAAGCAGCAAUUCCUCAUGCUUGAGAGGUUGACAGGAAAGCAGGAAAACAGCGAAAACAACAAUGGGUAUUCUGGAGUGAAAGGGUUUCAUGCACUUACAUCCCUUCUGAACAAACAAGUUGAUCGUUACCAGUCGCUUCAGGGUAAAACUGAUGAUCUUUGCCAAAGAAUGCAUGAGAAAAACUUGAAUUUGAAUGGAGGAUUGGCCAUUGCUAGAACAGAGGAUGAAACCAAAAAGCUGGAGCAGUUUCUUGAAGAGACCUUUCAAUUACAGAGAUAUAUAGUUGCAACGGGGCAAAAGCUAAUGGAAGUGCAAACCAAGAUUGCCUCUGGGCUUGUUGGUUAUGUAGAAAAGAUUGAAAAGCCAGAGAGCUUUGACGUGGAGCGAUUUGCUGAUAGUAUCUUCCGAGAAGUUCAGAGGGGCCUUGAAGUCCGGAUAUCUCGAAUUAUCGGGGAUCUUGAGGGAACCCUGGCAUGUGACGGUAUUAUACAUCUCAAAAGAUAGGUUCAAUUGUUAAUAAUGAGAAGAUGCGUCCAAUAGGAAGGUUUUAAGGUCUAUAGAUUUAUCAAUCACUCUAACGCUUCUAUAGUAAAUUUGAAUAAUAUAAGUUAUCUUCUCUGGUCUUUCUCUCAAAUUUCCUUCACCCAUUUAUGGAAUGACUUGGCAAGGCUUGCAAUAUUCAUCAUCAGCCAAUUUUAAGCA